GGCUUAAAGAGGGAGUGUCGCUGCAUGCGGCUUUUGAAUGCUCCUACCUGUUCGGCUUCAUAGUGAAACACAGAGUAGAAAAUACCGUUAUUCCCUGCUGGUUUAAAGAAUCAGUUAGUCUAGAGUCAUGUUGAUGCAUCGCUCUGUGUAUGUCCUGUUUAUCCUGGCGCUUUUGCAGCCGCUCCAAGUCCUGUCUGGAGUUGACUUGAACCUGGCAGAUGCUUUGGAUGAUGAGGACAAUAAAGCACGCCCUACUUCAGUGGAUUUGCUGAACUGGGUUGCCACAGUGAGUACUACUACCACCAAAGCCUCAGCAAAGGUCAAGCCCAAGAUCCCUACAAGUACUAUGGUCGCAAGAAAGCCAAAAUCCAAGCCAGCUGGAAAUGACUUUGAUCUUGCAGAUGCCUUGGAUAAAAACCAGAAGCCAGGAGGUGCAUUUUCUGACAGUGAACUGGAGGGUGUGAGCAGGGAUGAUACUUACAAACCUGACAAAGGAAAAGGAGGGCAUCAAAAAGGUGACACCAACCAGAGUACCCAUGAUGAAAGCAGGGAGACCACUGCAGAGGUUGGCACUAUUGCAGGAAUUAUUAGUACAGUUGGCAUAGCACUGGUUGGUGCCAUCAGCAGCUACAUAACCUACCAGAAGAAGAAGUUGUGCUUCAGUAUACAACAGAGCCUGAACGCUGACAUUAGUAAGUCUGAGAUCCCUGAGGGAGUAGUGGCAACAGAGCCUAAUGCACAACAGACACUUCUGGAACAACCAAAGACUGGACCACCUAGUGACGAGAAUGUAGUUUAGAACCCAGUCAGUCAGCAAGUUAAACAGACAUUUCAGCUAUCCUUUCAUUCACAUAUAGUGUACUUUAUUUAUUUAUUUAUAAACAUGCAUUACACUCGCAUUUUUCUACCUUCAUACACUAUAUGUGUUUACACCGUUCAUGCUUCUCUUCAUUCUCAUGUUGUAAGUUGAACCACUUGAAUUAAUUUCAAUUUUUUUUAGUAAAUGAUGAAAACAAUUAAAAUAUUUUUUAAUGAUUGGUUAAAUGAGGAAUUUAGUGUGUAGUUUGUCUCUGUGGUGGCCCUGUGACUGAACAGUAGGCUCUGAAGGCGGCAUCUGUGCUUCUUUCACGAUAAGAGCUUAGAUAUGCUUCAUGCCUUGCUAAGUACAAGAAAAGGUCUUUUGGGUGUUUUGGAGGGGAUAUUUCUUUCUUCUUUUAAUCUUACAUUGACAUGAGUGUGUAAAAUAGAAAAACUACUAGUAGUGUUUGAAGACUGUUUUUGUCCCGCUAGCUUCCAACAUGUUACCAGAUGAAUCUUACUGCUAAAAAGUGACAUGUUUCCUGACAUUAGGGAAUAGAUUGAAACCAUAUUGUGACACUGCUCUGAUUGCAAAAGGAAAAAGAAAGGUAAGCGACUCCAGUUGAGUUGCUGACCUGAGAAAAAAAGAAACCAUACAGGGAUCUUGCAUAUUGUAUUUUUACACCGUAAAAAACUUUAAAAACAUCGCUUCUAAUCUGAAAAAUGUGUAAAAGAAGGAAUAAUGACAAGGUUUUACAGAGAUUCAGGAUGACGAUGUAGAAACGUCCUCAUUACUACUUUGUCUUCUGUUUAGUGGUAUUUACACUGAAAACUGAAACUGUCACACUCCCUGCAGGUUGUAAACACCAACUGGUCUUUGGGAUUUAGACAUUUUUGUUCUAGCUGUAAUUAUGUAGAUAUUAAGAAAUACCAGCACAACCAGGCUCGCAGACAAGAUGGGGUUUAAUGGAGGAGCUAGAUGAAGCUGCCCCUUUAGAAGACAGGGGGCGAUGAAACAACAUGACCAUUGGUCCCACCAUCACACCAGUGUGACAUCUGUAUGCUCCACAUGCCUGGUAACCUGGAUUCAGGUUGCACUCUGUCCAGUGCUGCCUGGUAAUGCUCUCUGGUGUCAUCAAAGUGCUAUCUUCAACGGCUGGUGACCUUCACUCACUGUUUUGACGAACUCUUAAAUGCUCCCACAGCUGCCUGAAGCACCAUUACUUCGCUUGUGAUGCUCCACAGUGCCUGUUCUAGAUACAAAUGCUUCUUUGAACACAUGUCUGUAUGUAGACAGAAUUAUGUCCAAAAGGACAAUUCAUUUGAACCCCAGUUAGAUGAAGGAAACCUGCUUUGUACUUCUAGUCAUUGCUGCUUUAAUUCUGUACCUGAGACUCUUCCUUUGUACAUUCUGAUGUAUGUUUUCUCUAUGUCCUGUAUACUGUUAGCUAUUCAGUCAUUGUAAUAGGGUUAAAGGACACCCAUUUUCAAUUCUAGGAGUUUAAACAAAUGUGGCCUUUACCAGGUUUUAAACUAUUCAAAGUAAUCCUAGUGGAACUAAAUCGGGUUUGUAAGAAAAUCUCAGUAUAAUCUCCAAAACUCUAGAAUUUAAAGGAAGUGUACUUUUUUUUCACCAUGACUGUAUUUAAAUAUUGAACUCGUUUAACUUGUUUUUAGCUAAUCUCUGCUUAAGAUGUGCUAGUUGACUGAUUUCACUUGCAUUCCUACAUAAUCUCCAGUUAUUUCCAAUAUAAAUGAGUAAAAUAAAGAAUUAAUAAAGAGA